AUGCAAUUACAACUAAGACUUCAGCCAUCCACGAAUGACCGUCCAAAGCAAAGAAACGUCGAACCAAAGCCUAUGCUUAAAACCGACCCACUUGUUAAUCGACCAUCAUCACCUAUUCCUGUACUUGAAGUAGCCGCCGUUGUUUUCGAAAAAAAUCAAGCUAUCAUUGACAUGAAAAUCAAACCAACCGAAUCCGAUGAAUCUGCUGAUGAUGAUAUGAAAGACAAAGAUAAUGAUAUUGUCUAUCCAGCGGGCGUCACUGAUCGUCGUCCGUACAAAACUGUCGCUCAAUAUCGACGAAUGAUAGGAAAAUCGACCGAUUUCAACGCCCAACCUCUUUGCAUUGGUGAAGAUCAAACAGAAACAACUGUUCUCGGUUUGAAUAGUUUUGCUGAAAAACAUGGCUGUGAAUUGAUAUUCACCGAUGAAGAUCAUCGAUUCGACAAUAGUAUCUAUCGUGCUGCCUGUGGUAUAGUCGAUUUAGGAAGUAUUCAUCUCUUGGCGACUGAUGCGACUCGCGCUCGUUCAGGUUUUAGUGGUGAUAAAAUUCUUAAUCGUGUUAUUGCUCGUAAUUAUGACUAUACAUGGAAACCAGCAUUACAAGCAUUGAAAUUGCACGCAAGUGAUCUUGCUCCUGAGUAUAAUUACGAUUAUAGACCAUCCCAUGUACCUAGUGAGCUUAAACGUGGUGGUCAUACUUACUAUUUACCUCGUGGUUGGUAUCGUCAUGCUCUUCGCGUUCUACACAAGUAUGAAAAGAAUCCGAAAUGGCUGGAUCAGACCAAUACGGCAGGUGAAUGGCCAGUAGCUUAUCAUGGAACAAAGGCUUGGGCAGUAUCAAGUAUUGUUCAACAAGGUUUAAUGACCAGUGCCGUCAAAGUUGAUGCGAUGCGGCCAGAAGCCAUCCAACAGAUGGGAGAAGAAGCGAAUCGUCCUGGUUUAUAUGUAGCCACACACUGUGAUGGUGGAGCAAAAAUCUAUACGGAACCAUUCACAGUUACUCCAUAUCCAGAUAAAACUGAAAGUUUCCGUAUAGUAUUUCAAUGUCGCGUAAAGCCUGAGAAAUUUACAGUUCAUAAAAGUCCAGUGAUCGAUGGUAAUGCAUGGCGUUAUGUUGAUCCAAGUUCCAUACGUCCCUAUGGCAUUUUGCUGAAGAAAGAAGACUAA